CUCGUGCUGGCGACCGUGGGUUCGCGGCCCGGGUUGCCCCAGUGGGCGUCAUGGCCCCCGCCAUGCAGCCGGCCGAGAUCCAGUUUGCGCAGCGGCUGGCGUCCAACGAGAAGGGCAUCCGGGACCGCGCGGUGAAGAAGCUGCGACAGUAUCUCAGCGUGAAGACGCAGAGGGAGGCAGGAGGCUUCAGCCAAGAGGAACUCCUGAAAAUCUGGAAGGGGCUCUUCUACUGCAUGUGGGUGCAGGACCAACCGCCGCUGCAGGAAGAGCUUGCCAACUCCAUUUCCCAGCUCAUCCACGUUGUCAACAACUCGGAGGCCCAACACCUGUUCAUCCAGACCUUCUGGCGGACCAUGAAUCGGGAGUGGAAGAGCAUCGACGGGCCUCGGCUGGACAAGUACUGCAUGCUGACCCGCCUGGUCCUGCGGCAGUCCUUGGAGGCUCUGAAGCGCAACGGUUGGGAAGAAAGCCAAAUCCAGCUUUUCCUGGACGUGCUGGUGAAGGAGAUCCUGGGGCCUGAGGGCCACUCUCCUGACGGCGUGAGGACCCAUUUCAUCACCAUGUACCUCGAUGAGCUCUCCAAAGUGGGGGGAAGAGAGCUCAUGGCAGAUCAGAACCUGAAGUUUAUUGAUCCAUUCUGCAGAGUUGCUGCCAAGACUAAGGACCACACACUGAUGCAGACCAUAGCACGGGGGGUCUUUGAAGUUAUUGUAGAUCAGUCUCCCCUGGCCCCUGAGGAGACCCUGGGAGAAGAGAAGAUGGAAGUGGGAGACACUGCCCCUUCUGAAGGAGAGCUUCCUGAAGACGACACGGCAGUGCUGGGCAGGUGCCCCUCCAGGAAGGAUGGAGUCUGUGAACAGAGAGAGAGUAACGACCGUGGGGCCUCGGGGGACGCUGGGCCUCCCCUCCAGUUUGAUUAUGGCGCUGUUGCCGAGCGGCUCCUGGAGAUGACCAACAAGAAGAACACCCCUCCCUUCAACAGGAAGCGCCUCUGCAGGCUCAUCCGGAAGUUCCAGGAUCUCUCCGAAGCGGGAAGUGAGUCUCAGCUCCGUAUGGUGGAGGACACACCAUCUGCGGAUGGAGAAGACCAGCUCCUUGGCCCAGGACGGCGCCCGAGCGAGAGCCACGCACUUCCGGAGAGCAUGGGCCUGGGGGAGGAGAGAGGGAGCAGAGUCCUGGCCGGGGAAGAGGGCAGAGGAGGCAGUAUCCUGAAGAGAAAGCGCAAGAAGAACCAGCAGCUGCAGGCUGCAGGUCCCAGCCCAGACGGUGCAAGUCAGGGACCCGAGGCCACUGGCCCCUCACCCAGCAAGAGGAAGCGGCUCAAGAAGAAGGGCCUGAAGGCUGGCCGGGAGGCCUGGGUGUCGCAGAGUGGCCCCCUGGGGGGACACCCUCAGGACCUCGCCCCCACAGGCAGAGCCCGAGUCAAGAGGAAACGGAAGCUCGGGGCGCUCCUGGUCAAGGGCAGCGGCCUGGUCCGGCUGGCCUGGCCUGCGAUGAGCCCAGCAGAGGCCGCCCUGCCUGAGGGCGACAAGCCCCAUAAAAAGAAGGCUGGAGCCAGCAGCCUCAGCUCAGACAACCUGCCCACUCAGAAGGCCGCUGUCUUGAAAAAGAGGAAGAAGAGAAAGAGGUCCAGCGUGCUGGGAUGCAGCAGCGAGCUGGGCUCCGAGGCCGAGCAGUGCCAGACUCUGGAAAGCAUCAAGGCCUUCAGCCCUGCCGAGACACCAUUGAGGAUGGAGAGCGACUUUGUCAAGUUUGAUUCGUCCUUCUCCCCAAAGCCCGUGUUCUUCAGGAAAGCCAAGAGCAGCACCCCCACCUGCUCGCCGCACCCCACUGCCCAGCUGACCAGAACACCAUCCAGCUCCAAGAAGGUCACCUUCGGGCUCAACAGGAACAUGACGGCAGAGUUCAGGAAGACCGACAAGAGCCUCCUGGUGAGCCCAUCGGGUGCCUCGCGCGUGGCCUUCGACCCCGAGCAGAGGCCUCUGCACGGCGUGCUGAAAACCCCCCACAGCUCACCAGCUGGCACCCCGAGAAGGAGACCGCGGGCUGUGGAUUUCUUCUGAGAAGGGUCCUUUGCCAAAGUGGCUUUUGUACAGAGAAUUCUAUAAAUUAUCACUUU